AUGCAGUUCUCUUGUGUAUUUACUGAACGGUUUAAGAAUUGGGUUGUGGCCCCAACUCGUAAUGAUUCCUUGUGUGCUGGAAAAGGUGACCGAUCUACUGUACCUCAUACGAGGUUCAGUGACCGUUUUCCGCUAGCGGAAUGGGAUGAAUAUUUGUGCUGGAUACAAGCAGACUAUGUGAGGGUCUCUCUAAAGCGUGGAGGGAAACAUUUCUGUGGAGGGACCAUUGUUAGCGCGACCCAUGUGCUCACAGCGGCUCAUUGUGUGACUGACAAGUAUGUUUUAGCGUAUGUGAAAGUUUAUGUCGGAGAAUACGACGUCACAGUAAGGGAGCAAACAGAAAAGUUUUUCUCUGUCAUCUCUAUUACGAUGCACCCUGAUUUUGACUCUGCUCAACCAAUCAACUAUGACCUUGCAGUGCUGGAGUUGGAUGGCAAUAUACAAUUUGAUAACAACAUUUCACCCGUCUGUCUGCCACACAUAGAUGAUGUAUUUGAACCAGGUUCCCUCUGUGUUGCACUUGGAUGGGGCCGUCUAAAAGAAAAAGGGAUUCUUCCCAGAUCUCUGCAAGAGGUUGUGUUGCCCAUUAUCAAACCCAGGAAAUGCACAGACGUCAUGGCAACUUUGAAAGGAAACAUGGUUUUUGAUACCAUAUUAUGUGCAGGUUUUCCAGAGGGAGGGAAGGAUGCAUGCCAGGGUGAUUCAGGAGGUCCACUUUUAUGCCAGAGGUCACAUGGCAACUGGGUUCUUGUUGGAGUGACCUCUUGGGGCAUGGGGUGUGGAAGAAAAUGGUUGAACAAUAUCUUUCAGCUUCCAGAGAAUAGAGGAUCACCAGGAAUCUUCACCGACAUCCAGAAAUUGAUUCACUGGGUUAAUAUACAUCUGGACACAGGUAAGGUCAAUUUUGUCAGCUACAAGACUCCUUGCAGUGUGGAAGAUGGAUUGGUGUCUGGAACUUCAGGAAAGAUAAUACUACCGAGAAAGAACAGCAAAUAUUAUGCAAACAAUGAGAUGUGCGUUUGGAAUAUAAUAGUUCCGGAUGGAAUGCAUAUUUUGCUGGAUUUCACUUAUUUUGACAUAGAAUAUGACACCACCUGUGAUCUAGAUUAUUUGUCCAUUUAUUCUACCGAGGGACAUCUGAUUGGCAAGUAUUGUGGAGAUGUUCCUCCAGGACCAAUCUUAAUUACUUCUACAAACAUUAUGUUGAAGUUUACCUCCGAUUUUCAAGAAUACAGAACUGGAUUUGCGGUAUCCUACACAGCCAUUCAUCCAGACAUUUACCAAGAUUCCGGCUGUGGUUCGCUAUCGGUACACUCUGAAGAAGGAGAAAUACAAACCAUGAAUUACCCAGAGCCCUAUUCCAAUGGAGCAAAUUGCCACUGGAUCAUCCAUGCUCCAAAUCAUCUUUAUGUCAAGCUCACCUUUCAUGACUUUCAAGUUGAACCCAGUGAAAACUGUUUGAUUGACUCAGUGGUGGUUUAUCAGGAUCUGGCAGGAGUUGAAAUGAUCGUAUCUCAGUCUUCUUUGAUUGAAACGCCUCAGAUUGUUUUCCUGAUUAAUAAAGGAAACAUUCUUAAUAAGUAUUACAUUUUAGGAAUUAUGAAUAUCUUAAACAAGUUGGUUUUACCAGAAAUCGAGAGUGACAAGCCUCCCCAGCUUUUUAUCUUGUCAUUAUUUUCCUGUAAGAUUGGUCAGUUUUGUGGAUUUUCUCUCCCUCCUCCACUCCUGAGCUCUGGAAACAUGAUGCAAAUAAAGUUCAUUUCUGACACCAGUGAUAAUUACCGGGGAUUCAGGGCUACAUUUUCCUUUAUUAAAGCAUCAGAAAUAAUACAGAUCCAAAAACAGAAUAAAAUGAGUUAUCGACCAAAUAUCAACGAAAAACAUACUGUUUCUGAAGCAUUGGCUGCUCCUCCGCCUUCAAACAAGCGUAAAAGGACAGUUCAGAUUUCACCUUCUACAACUGCUUCCCUGUUAUGUUCACAGUAUUUCCUUAUGGUACUUCGGGCUACCCUUGGGUGUCACAGGGACUUGUCCUGCAGCCUACUCCUGUGGGUUUUAGGUAUUUUCUACAGAUAUCGUCUGGGGGACUUUUAUACUUGUGACGAGAUCCAGUGGCGUAAAUUGGAAAAACCAGGAAAAAGUGGACGAGGAUACCUCCCCUACCAGCCAGAGCUGCAUAUCUAUGCCAUUAAAGAAGGGCCAUCCACAGAUACCGACAGUACUUGUGGUGCAUCUCCAGCCCCACCCAAAUUUGUCUCUAGGAGUCUAGAUGUAGGAGAGGAGGCAAUACCUUAUUCUUGGCCAUGGCAUGUGAGCCUCCAGUUUGCCACUGAACAUAUGUGUGAUGGAACAAUUAUUUCGGAAUACUGGGUCCUCACAUCUGCAUUCUGUGUCUUUGAGAGAUCACAAGUUUAUGAUUUAUGGCGUGUUGUUGCUGGGAUACAUGAUCUCACUAAACCAGAUCAUAACCAGAUAUUUUCAGUAAAGAAAAUUUUUGUACACCCUGGGUUUAACUACAUUUCAUUGGACUACAACCUUGCUCUGCUUCAAAUGGCAGAACCUUUCCGCUUUAAUGAUUAUGUGAAGCCGAUUUGUCUUCCAAAGAGUUGGCUUGCAGUGAUGCCUUCUAGCCUGUGUGUCUACACAGGGUGGGGUAUUGAUGUUGGGAAAGAAAAAUCCUCCAAACUUCAGCAGCUUGAGGUCCCGGUCCUUAUUAAAGAUGCUUGCAAAGCUCACUAUCAAACCCAUCCUGGUGGUAUCACUGAAAGGAUGUUCUGUGCAGGGUUUCCUGAAGGACAAGACAAUAAUUAUUGUAAAGUGAAGGCUGGAGGUCCACUGGUUUGUCUUUCAGAUGAUUUAAAGAUCUAUUCUAUAAAUGGAGUUGCAAGCUUUGGUGUCAACUGCAUGGAUAAUUCAAAGCCUGGAGUGUAUACUAAUGUGACUAUGCUACUUGACUGGAUCAACCACAUAUUAAAUGUCCCAGUUAUUGAAGAUGCCAUUCUGCAUGGAAAAUCUAUUUCUGAAAAUGAAAAAAUCCUAAAAAAUGCAAGUGAUGAAGAACACUCCAAUCAAGACAAGCAAUAUAGUUUGGAACAUGAGUCCCAGUUACCUGGAAGAGUCAUCACUAAGAAAACACCAAUCAGGGUAAACGAUAAUGAGGGAACCCGCCAAGAAAGCAACUUCACGUCACAGCAAGGAAACACUGAUCCUAAUGUCACCAGUUCUGCACACAAUGUUUAUUUUGCUUCUGGAUGUGAGGAUGUGGUCCUGAUGCAGUCGCCAGGAGAAAUUAAAGUAGACAGUAAGGACAAGAUUUAUCCCAAUGGUUUCAGAUGUCAGUGGAGAAUUAUUGCACCAAAAAACAAUGUUAUAAGACUGGAACUCAAGCACUUACGCAUAAUGGAAGAUAACAAAAAAUGUUGUAAUCACCUAGCGAUAUACGAAGGAGUAUCCAGUGACAAAGUAUUCAGAGAACAACUGAAAAAUGAUAAUGUUCCGAGCAUCAUCUGGUCAUUAGGUUCGGCUCUUACUGUAGAAGUCGCCACCACUUCUGCAGAUCCUGAAUUUGGGCUUUGGCUGCUAUACAGUUUCCACCACAGAAAAUAAAGUCCAGAGAACUGAAUCUCACUAUAG